AUGGCCGACGAGAUCGCCAGAAAUCAGCAGUAUGAGUACAGACAGAAUUCCAAUCUUGUACUCCAAGUCGACUACUCCUUGACGGAUCGGAGGGGACGAGAUGAGGCCACCGGAGAGGUGAUGGCGUUGAGUGAUCGAUCGUUACGAGGAACAAAGAUGGGAGACAAAUAUCUACGACAACGUGCACCGAAAGAGGAAAAGAAACAUAAAAAGAAAAAGGAAGAAGAAAAACCUUCUCGUGGUGGAGCAACGAAGGCUUCUCUUUUGUCGGACACACACGACGAAAUGAUGGGGUCCUAUCGACCACGAACACAGGAAACGAGGCAAACGUACGAAGUGAUUCUUGAUUUCAUUCAAGACGCUCUAGGAGAUCAGCCACGCGCAGUUUACUGCGGUGCCGCCGAAGAGGUGCUCAGUGUGUUGAAGUCGGAAAAGAUUCGAGAGCAAAACAAGAAGAAAGAAGUGGAGGCUUUCCUGGGCCCUCUAUCUGAUGAGCGAACAGCACUAUUGAUCAACUUGGCUCGCAAGAUCACCGAUUUCUCAAUUGAUGAGGAAAACCAAGAACAGGAUGAGAUUGAUGAAAGCGAGGGCGUGAACGUGCAUUUUGACUCUGAGGAAGAGCAAGAUGAUAUGGCGGAUGAAAUUAGACGUGACGAUGAGCAAAGUGAUACGGAUGAAGAUGGGCAAGAAGCUGAGUACUCGGAGACGCUCAAAGCCAGAGAAGGAAUCGAUGCUGAAGAGGAGGAGGGCCGUCGGCGCCGUGGCGAACUUCAUGCACGUGACAUUGACGCCCACUGGAUUCAACGAUCACUCGGCAAAUACUUUGACGACCCGAUUAUUGCUAACGAGAAAGUCAAAGAUGUUAUUUCGAUUCUGCGAGAUGCUCCUGAUGACAGAAAGUGCGAAAAUGACCUCGUGUUACUGCUUGGCUUCGAAGCUUUUGAGUUCAUCCGUAAGUUGCGCUCUCAACGUCAUUUGAUUCUCUGGUGCACCCUCUUGAAGCAGGCUUCUCCGGAAGAAAGACCAUUGCUCGAAGAAAAGAUGCGAGCUGACCCUGAGCUACACUAUAUUAUUGGACAAUUGGAAGAAACUGAUGCAAAUAUUGUGGAAACGGAGCGGGAAAAGAGAUCGAAAGCUUCGACAAAGAGAGCCAAUGAGGCUGCUGCGGAAGAUGCGGUGAUGGCAGGAACCUGGAUGAACCAGCGCAAACAAUUGGACCUUGAUGAGCUGACUUUCCACCAAGGAAGUCAUUUGAUGAGCAAUAAAAGUUGUACUCUCCCAGCUGGCUCAUUCCGUCAACAAAAGAAGAGUUACGAGGAAGUUUGUGUGCCUGCGUUAAAACCAAAGCCUUUUGAUCCAAACGAAAAACUUGUUGCCAUCACGGACUUGCCGGAAUUCGCACAGAAGGCUUUUGAGGGAUACAAAUCGUUGAAUAGGAUCCAGUCGAGACUUUGCAAGUCGGCGCUUGAAACGGAUGAACACUUGUUGCUUUGUGCUCCAACGGGAGCUGGUAAGACAAAUGUUGCUGUUUUGACGAUUCUCCGAGAAGUUGGAAAACAUUUGAACGAAGAUGGAAGUGUUCGGCUGGAUGAAUUCAAGUGCAUCUACGUGGCCCCAAUGAAGUCGUUGGUACAAGAGAUGGUCGGCAGCUUCACAAAACGUUUAGAGCCAUACGGAAUUACGGUUGGUGAAAUGACUGGAGACGCCCAGAUGAACAAGGAGCAAUUCAUGGCAACCCAAGUGAUCGUUUGCACGCCAGAGAAAUACGAUAUUGUGACAAGAAAAGGCGGAGAAAGAGCGUACAACCAAAUGGUUAAGUUGUUGAUUCUUGACGAAAUCCAUUUGUUACACGACGACCGUGGACCAGUGCUUGAAGCUUUGGUAGUGAGGACUUUGCGUCAAAUGGAGCAGAAUCGAGAUGAGGUUCGUCUUGUGGGACUCUCAGCCACGUUGCCUAACUACACCGACGUUGCGCACUUCCUUCGUGUGAACAAGGAACACAUCUACCACUUCGAUAACAGUUAUCGCCCGGUACCACUGGAACAACUAUACAUUGGAAUCACGGAGAAGAAAGCUUUGAAACGGUUUCAGGCAAUGAACGAUGUUGUCUACGAGAAAAUCAUGGAACUUGCAGGCAAAAGUCAAGUGCUUGUGUUUGUACACUCAAGGAAGGAGACUGCAAAAACCGCCAAAGCUAUUCGUGAUGCUUGCCUCGAGAAGGAUACACUCUCGUUGUUCAUGAAAGAAGGCUCGGCGUCAACGGAGAUUCUGCGAACUGAAGCUGAAAACGUGAAAAACACUGACCUCAAGGAUCUUCUCCCAUACGGAUUCGCCAUUCACCACGCUGGAAUGACUCGAGUCGACAGGACACUUGUAGAGGAUUUGUUUGCUGAUCGGCAUUUGCAGGUGCUUAUUUCGACGGCCACUCUUGCUUGGGGAGUCAACUUGCCUGCCAACACUGUCAUCAUCAAGGGUACGCAGAUCUACAACCCGGAAAAGGGACGCUGGACUGAACUUGGAGCGUUGGAUGUAUUGCAGAUGCUUGGACGUGCCGGGCGGCCUCAGUUCGAUUCGAAGGGCAAAGGUAUCCUGAUCACGCAUCACUCUGAAUUGCAAUACUAUCUAUCGUUGAUGAAUCAACAGCUGCCCGUUGAAUCGCAAAUGAUCUCGAAGUUGACGGACAUGUUGAACGCUGAGAUUGUUCUCGGCACAAUCAAUAAUGCUGCUGAUGCGGUCACUUGGAUCAAGUACACGUUCCUCUAUGUGCGGAUGGUGAAGAACCCGAAGUUGUACGAGAUAAAUGCUGAACCUGGAAGGGAAGACGAGGCUUUGGAGCAAAGAUGUGCUGACCUGGUGCACACGGCUUGUGUACAACUCGACAAGGGAAGUCUCAUCAAAUACGAUAAAAAAGACUGGCGCCAUUCAGCCCAC